AGCACGCUGUCGAACACACUUAACCACUGACCUACUAACACAAAUCUACGUGCCCUUCGACUGGAUGAGGCAAGGGAUACAAGGAAGUGAGUCCAUAUUGAUAGGGAAAUACGCUGAGCAUUGUUGCCUGGUUAAUGGGAAUAUGCUGCUUAUUCACGCAUAACACGAGGCGCAACAGAAGAACACAACCUCCGGGCCGAUGCCAAUAAUAAGGUUUUGAACUUGCUCGGCCGUCUCACCCAUGGUCGUCACCACUUCAUAAACAUGUACAUUACGUCCCACCAUUAAGAGAUGAUCAGAGAAGGGAUUCAUUCUUAUUGACAGCAACAACAGUGUAACACCAUGCAAACAUUCAAGGAAGAACCAGGCCAAAGAGACUUGAUGGGCCAGAACAACUCGGGUUCGCAAUUCAAGACCCAGAGCUCCUGUCGUCGGAAAAGGGAGUUCAUCCCCGACGAGAAGAAGGACAACGUCUACUGGGAGAGACGGCGCAAAAACAACGAAGCGGCCAAGCGCUCGCGGGAGAAACGGCGCAUGAACGACGUGGUGUUGGAAACAAAAUUGAUGGCACUCGGCGAGGAAAACGCUACCCUGAAAGCAGAAUUGCUGUCCUUGAAGCUUAAAUGUGGUCUUUUGAGCUCAGAGGCUUACACUCAGGAAAUGCAUAAAGUUUCUCAGUGCACUGCUGUGCUGUACCGGGAUUUUGUUACACCCAGCUUAGGUCAAGACCCUAACCCCCAGGUUAUAGAGGAGCCCCUACACCUGGGCAACAGCUACAUAUCAGUCAUCAAACACUCACCCCACAUCACACACGCCGAAACCACUCAGGGCAGUUUUAACAUUAACUGCAGGACAGCAGAGGUUAUCAAAAAGGAACCGUCAGAUACUGGGCGCUACGCACAAGAAAGGGCUAGUCCGUAUGACCUAUACAGGAACUGCCUAUCCAGUCCACUGGCCAGUGCGUGCUCUCAAUCUCCGUCCCUCCUGCAGAUCAAUAUGUCCUCCAGCAACUCCCCGAUAAGCUCUGACGACGGGGUACUGAGCAAGCUGUCUGACGUGGAGGAUGAGCAGCAGGUCCCCAAAGGGCCCGGGCAGGCUUCAGGCGCCCCUCCCGGCGUCAUCGUCUCCACACUCAAAGUGCCGGAUCAGAGCGGUUCUUCUGCCUUGCCUCAUAAGCUUCGGCUUAAGGCCAGAGGCCUCCAAAUCAAAGCAGAGGCCACAGACCCUCAAUACCCGGAGUCCCUCCCAAAGUCUACCCUUCUUCACACUGACAUUCUGCACAGAGAGGCGAGGAAAACAACUCAGGGUUCUGGAAUAGAGUACAGUCAAUCUUCUCUAAGUCCUCCUCUGUCUGUGCAGGUGAAUAACAUUCAAGACUGGCCCCUAGGCUCAGAGGAAUGGCCUCAGCCGGGCAAAGAAAGGUUGUGUGAGAGCUACAAGGAGGACAGCAGGAUAAAUCCUGACCAAAACUCCGGUCAAGUUAUUGCAAAUGUAAAAGACUCUGCUCAUGCCCCUAUUGACUCAGAAAACACGUUUUCUAGGCAGGGAUUUUCCGACCUGUCUGUGAAUUUUGCCUCUCUGAAAAGACUAAUUACAACAAAGUGUCAAGUCUCAGUCAUAGAGUCCACUCCAAUUUCUACUUUUGCCAGUGGACACUCCUCCAAAUGAGCUCUGUAUGAUUUCAAAAUACCGAUGUUCCACUGUGCUAACUGCUGCAGGGUUUGGGUGAUUGAUGUAAAAUUUUCAAAUAAAUAAGCCGUUGCACUUGCAAAUAGA